CUCUUUUGUGUUAUAUGAUGGCAGUGUUGGUGAAUGGAUUUGUGUGCAAGGAGCCAAAGCAAGUUCAGGCUGAUGAUUUCUUCUUCACGGGACUUGACAAACCAGGCAACACAAAUAACAAGGUUGGGUCCAAUGUGACCCAAGUAAACGUAGCCCAGAUAGCAGGACUCAACACCCUCGGAGUCUCUUUGGUUCGGAUAGACUAUGCACCCUAUGGUCUCAAUGCACCCCACACGCACCCAAGGGCGACUGAAAUCUUAACAGUCUUGGAGGGCACACUUUACGUCGGAUUCGUCACUUCCAACCCUGACAAUCGCCUCAUAACAAAGAUCCUUCAGAAGGGUGAUGUGUUUGUCUUCCCAAUAAACUUGAUUCACUUCCAGUUUAACAUCGGCCACACCAAUGCCAUAGCGAUUGCAGGACUGAGCAGCCAGAACCCGGGAACCAUCACCAUUGCGAACGCUGUGUUCGGAUCAAAUCCACCCAUCUCAGAUGAUGUUCUUGCCAAGGCAUUCCAAGUUGAUAAGAAAAUAAUUGAUUAUCUGCAAUCUCAGUUUGGAAUGAAAAACUAGAGCAUGCCCUCUUACAGUAAACUCCCUCAGCAAUAUGUGGCAUAUCCACAAGUAGUUUCAUUACUAAUGUAGUUGCUUGAAUAAAAUGCGAGUGCAACACAUUUUUUUGUUUUGUUUUUCAUUUUCUUUCUUUCUUUCUUUCUUUCUUUUGAUUUCUUUAUUUAUUAGUUUUUGUUUAAUGGUAUCUAAUGGAUUUUAGCAUGUUUGGAAAAUCUCUCUCUCUCUGCACAUUCGUAAAAAAACUAGAAACUAAGAACCUACCAAAGUGACUGUAGAGAUGGUGAUCUAGGUAAUUGAUGCUGAAUCAAUGGUGAGAUCAACCCAUACUUGUAAUGUU